AUGGACCCCGUACGGUACACAAGGUUUGAUUUCGAGCCCUGUACACCUUUUCCGAAUUAUCAGCAAAACUUCCCGAAUAUCCACGACAAUCGCCAGCCUGAGACACCUGAGAAGAGCAGAACCAUUCGCGGCAUUGGUAUCACUCGCGCUAUCGAGGCAGGAAAGAGGUUAAAGCGCUUUGUAGGAACAGCAGAGCCAGUCCCUUUCGUUACUCCGCCUGCGAUGCCGAAAGUCCUAGAGCAAGAGUUUGUUGUCGGGAUGAAAGAGUAUGGCUUGGACCACAGGGUGCAAAGCAUGGGGUUGGAUGUGCUCAGCCAGGCUGCAAGUAUGCAAGAACGCCUGCCGGAAAUAAGAAAAGAGCACUAG